AUGCGUGGUCCACUCUCCCAAAAGCUCCUCCUGUUUCUCACUUGCAUUCUCCUUACCUCUGCCCGAGAAAUCGACAUCCACAUUGAUCUCGACUCUCCCAAAAGUCACCAUCAUGAAACGCCCUUCCUCAGCCCAGGCCCACAGCAAGUCCCCGACCACUAUGCCAAACUCGGCUUCGAUGGUUUGACGGAAGGCGACCUCGUCGGUAAACAUGCUUUUCUUACCUUCACCAAUAACAUUCGCGUCGCCCACGCAGGCCCCCUCGCUUCUUCCCAGCCGAAUGGCGUAAUCAUGAACCAGUACAACCCCGACGAAAGGCUCACGAACCCCGGGUUCGGCAUCGACAACACCACCUCCACAUUCGAAACCUUCGACCUCCUCUCGCUCUACAUGGCCCCCAUCUACGAGCCCAAGACGUUGCCGCCGCUCGAGUUUAAUGUUAGUGUCAUGGGCUUUGGACCGCAGCCCGGGCGGGUCCUGAGCAGAAUGGUGACCAUCUGUGGGCCCGAGUGGCCGCAGAAGAUUGAGCUUGAAGACUUUAAGGAGGUGGCGAGUGUGACGGUCGAGAUGACGAGUCAGAUUGCGCCGACGGGGGGCCCGUUUAUGCCGUCGUUUAUAAUGGAUGAUGUGCAUAUAUAUUGGAGGAGGGCGGUGCAUGAUGGUGAGCUCUGA